AUUAAAAUGAGCAGUACUAAUCGUGCCUUUCGAAUGAAAUAAGUAUAGAGUCCAAGACUAUUUUCUGAUCAUCCACUUAAAACAUUGCCUGAUGAAAGAACAACUACAGUUUUCAAUCAAUCUCGAAAAAUGGAAUCAUAAUGUAGUUAUGACAAUGUUAACAAUAUUUAUUAAUAUUAAAGGCUAUUGAAAAUAGACUCUAUUACAUAGAAUAGUUAGCUGAAUCAUUGAAAUGUAGCACUUCUGUAGAAUAGACUAGAAUUAUGAGUAGUCUACAAGAGAUCGCGAAAACUCUAAAAAGCAUUUCUAAAACUGAAAUUGAAUUAAAUUAAAAGAACAAGUAAUUAGAUCAGGUGACUAUGGAGAGUGUAAUGUAAAAAUAGACAAUACAAAAAUUAAAAGACUAAUAAGUAUAAUUUUAUGGAUAUAAAUUUAGAAUCAUUACAAAAUGGACAAUGAGGGAUAUUUGAAAUAAUUAAGUCUCUCUUAAUAAGAUUAACAUAAAUUAUGUAGAGAUUUAUUACAACAAAAAAAAUUAGUGGAAGAACAAUACAAAAAAAUAAAGUUCUUAGAGAAGAGAAUAGAAAUGAUGUUAGAGAAAAAUCUAUAUGUAAUUGUGAUUUAGAAUAGAUUAGUCUCAUUCUGAAGAUUUGAGGAAUACAUUAUCAGAAUUGAUUAGAGAUAAUGAAUAACUCAAAAGGGACUUAGUAAAAAAAGAAAAGGAGAAUGAAAGACUAAAGGAUUUGAAUUCUAAAUUAAUUUAAUAAAAUAAUAGAUUAACUAAAAAAUUAGAUUCCUUAAAAACAAAAAAAAUAGGAGUUAAAGAAAUUAUAACUGAAAAUUAAUAGAUUUCAAAUUAUGCUUUUAAUCCGAAUACAUUACCUAAUAAUUUAGAAUUUAGAUUGAAUGAUCUUGAUAAUGAUGAUUGUGAUUUUUUAUUAGAUUUAAUUGAACAUGGACCAGAAGUAUUUACAAAUUAAGUUGUUACAUUAGAUUCUAUUUAAUAAAAGAAGGAUCUCAUUAAUUUAGUAGCAUGUAUUAUUUUUAUUUUAAAAAUCAUAUUAGCUCAAUUUAUUAGUGCAAGAGACUUUUCUGAAAAAAUCAAUUAAAUUAUGAAUGAAUUUAUAACAAUGAUAAGUUAUAAAAGUAUUUAAGAUUUUCAAAUUCAUGUAAGUAAGGCAUUUAGAUCUAUAUUUGGAACUGAAAUUGUUCAUUUAUGGAUUAUUGAUGGAAUGACAUGUAGAGCUUAAACAUAUGAUUGUAAUGGAGUUUAACAUGUCGCCUUACUUACUGAUGGAGUUUUUAGUUAAUUAGUAUUUGAAGAUUAUGGUAUAAGAAGUCCAUCCAAAAAACAAGAAUUACUAUAUAUAACAGAAUACAAUGAAGUAUUUGGUAAAAACUUUCUAUUACUUCCUAUUAUGGGAAAUAGUUAAAAACCUUGCGGAAUACUUGAAGUAUUCUACAAUAAUAUUCAUAGAUAUAAAAUAUCUAAGAGAAUUUAUUCUUAGAUUCAUAAUAUUAUGGACUAUUGAUAAAUAUGCUAAGUAAAUCAGUUGUUUAAAGUAUUUUGGAUUUUGAAGCCUUAGUUAAAGAAUUGAAUUAUAGAGAUCUCUUUUAUAGAUGCUUUAAUAGAUUGAUUUUGUGUAAAGAUAAAGAACAUUUUUGUUCAGCAUUAUAAGAAUCUGCUAUGUAAAUAUUUUAAAUUGCAUAAACUAAACUCUUAUUUAUUGAAAAUAAUUAAUUUUGGAUAUAUGGUAAAACUUAUUAAUUACAGGCUGGAUGUGCUUAUUAAAUUUAUUUAAAAGGUAAACCUCAAAUCUUUACUUAAAUCACAAGAUAAGAUCAUUUUGAUGAAAAUACAGACAUUUCUUCAAUAUUACCAGUGUUUAUUGCACCAAUCUAUUUAGAUGAAAAAAUUACAGCUAUCCUACAAUUUAUACUCAAAAAAAAAUAAAUGACUGACAAACAUCCAUUUGGAAAUUAAGCCAACAUUGGAUUCAGAUUAGACACAAUUGAUUAAGAUGCUCAAAAGUUUUAUGAAAUUGUUUAGAAUGCCUUCUAGAUUGUAUUUAGAUGA